AGGGUCACAUAGGGGCGUGUUCUGAAAAUAUUUCAUUACGUCUAGCUCUGUCAGGUGCAGUUUGUUUUAAUACACGUUCGUAAAACAAAUCGGUCGAUAAGGGUGUUAAUAUUACGUAGGUAGUGUUUAUCCCUCUUCAAAACUUUAUUUAUACUGGUACAUUCCUCUUUACGUGCUGCAGACAUGGCGUCAGUCAAAAGUGUGGGUAGAAGUCGAGAAACUUCACGAAUGUAAAUACAGAGGACUCGACAGAAACGUGGUUCUCUUGGCACACAUUUCCAAUUUUCAACUGAACUUAAAAAUGCCACGGAAAAAGCCUUUCAGUAACAAACAGAAAAAGAAGCAGCUCCAAGUGCGGAGGGAGAGAAAAAGAGGGGACCCAGGCUCAGGACCCAGCAGUCGGAAUGCCAGUGCAGAGAGAGGGACUGAGCGCCAGUCCGACACGUCAGACAGUGAAACUACAGACGUGAGGCGACUCAACCAGCAGCCUGUUACUACUAGGGACGGUCGAUAUGACCCCAACAGAUUUCGAUUGCACUUUGAGAAGGAGAGUCGCGAGGAGGUGGACAGGCGGAAGAAGAUAGCCAUGGUGAAAGUUUUGGAACCUGCAGCUGAACAGGACAUGGAAGUUGAUAUAAACGACAUCUACCCUGAGGACAGAGGGCUGGACUUUCCGCGGCGACCAGCCUGGCAUUAUGGGAUGUCACGAGACGAGCUGUUGAGGAAGGAGGAGAAGUCGUUUCGGGAGUACCUGGAGGCCCUCGCUUCCCGAAACCCAGUCGGCACGCUCAGCCACUUUGAGCAUAACCUGGAGACAUGGAGACAACUGUGGAGGGUCUUGGAGAUGUCAGAUGUCAUCUUACUCAUUGUGGACAUCAGGCACCCGGCGUUACAGUUCCCCCCGACCUUCUACCACUACAUCACGGUAGAGCUUCAGAAGCAUGUGAUACUGGUCCUGAACAAAGCAGACCUGUGUCCUCCGCCUCUCGUGCUGGCCUGGAAACAUUACCUGAACACCCACUUCCCCCACCUGCACUGCGUCUGCUUCACCUCGCACCCUGGGAUGCCCUACAACACAAUCCUUCAGAAGAGGAGGAUGAAGCAGAAGGGACACUGGGGCCGGGCUGGAGGACCCAUCCAUAUCAUGAAGGUGUGUCAGGAGAUCACAGCCGGAAGAGUGGACCUGAGCAGCUGGGAGCAGAAGAUUCAGAGGGAUGCUGCUGCCAUGGGAUCUGAAUGGGAACACACAGACGACGCGGUGGAGUCUGUGCUGGUGGAGCACCAUAGCGAUGUCGCCAUGGAGAUGAGCAAUCCUAUUCAGGAGCUGUUUAAGGAUGGAGUGCUCACCAUUGGCUGCAUAGGGUUCCCUAACGUGGGAAAGUCGUCGGUGCUGAACAGCCUGGUUGGCAAGAAGGUGGUGAGUGUGUCACGGACGCCCGGCCACACCAAGUACUUCCAGACGUACUACCUCACCCCCACCGUCAAGCUGUGCGACUGCCCCGGCCUGGUCUUCCCCUCCCGAGUCAACAAGCAGCUGCAGAUCCUGGCAGGUAUCUAUCCAGUGUCUCAGUUGCAGGAGCCCUACAGCUCUGUGGGCUAUCUGUGUGAGCGCACCCCCUUCCUCUCCAUCCUGAAGCUGAAGCACCCCGACAGGGAGGAGAAGCCCCACGAGGCGCAGCCUGGCCCUGGGCAGGAGAAGUGGACAGCCUGGGAUGUUUGCGAAGCAUGGGCUGAAAGAAGAGGUUACAAGACAGCUAAGGCUGCCAGGAACGAUGUGUACAGAUCAGCAAACAGUCUUCUGCGUCUGGCCGUUGACGGGCGUCUGUGCUUGUGCCUGAGGCCACCUGGCUACAGCGAACAGAAAGACCAGUGGGAGUCCCACCCAGAUGUGUCUGAGAUCAUCGCCCUGCAGGGCCGGCAGCAGCAGGAGGAGGGGGCAGGAGAGAGGGAGGAGGAGGACGACGAGGGUGAGUCCAGCUCCGAGCCGGAAGAGGAGAGGGACAGAGACGCGGACGACGACGAGGACGGUGACGGCGAUGAUGAGGAUGACAACUUUGUCAGCUCCAGGCAGAGAGAGAAGCCUUCGCCCAGCCUCACCGUCAACAUGUUCAGCGUCCUAGGAGACAACGAGUGCGAGUGAGGGGCAUGGGGAGUGGUUUCCACCUCCUCACCCUGGUUCAUCUUUUUUUUUUUUCCCAUCGUGUUCAUUCCAUUAUUGUUUUUCUUUUUCUGACAUUCCUGCACCACCUCUCCUCAGCUUUCCUGCUAACAGUCCCAACUGUUUAUUUUUUAUUUUUUUUAUUAUUAUUAUUAUUAUUAUUCCACACACCUAGCUCUUCUUCCCCCGCUCUUUCUUUUCUAGUCAGCCUCAGCCUCCUCUGCAUUCAUCUCUGUGUCUCUCCUCACAUCCAUUUUAAACACAGCCUCUCUCAAACAAAAGGUUUAUCAGAUGUAAUACAAGGCAAUCGCCAGGGCUCACACACACACAUGCACGCACGCACGCACACACACACUCAUACAUACCAACCUUCACAUUAAACUUACACCCACACAAAAUUGAAUCCAAACAGUCUCAGAACACUUUCUUCCCUGACUAUCUCUCACCAACAAUCAAUUCUCUCUCUCACGCACACCACACACACACACACACACUCUCUCACACACACAGUGCUAUGCACCCACAGGUACACAUUCAAAUAUUUUUAUAUUUUCCACGUGGCCAUCACAAUCACCUCAGAUCUCAGUUUUCAUUUUGAUCAAUCUCCUGUUUGCACUUAUUCUCAUCCUCUUUGGAGGGCCUGAUUACCUCACAAUCGCAUGGCCCUCUCUGAGAUGCAGAAUGACAUAUUGAUAGACAGGUCUCUGACACAGCCCAUCCUCUCUCUCUACCCCUAGAAUCACACAGAUGCGCACACAUACCUACACAGACCUCGUUAACCCCCUGCACUUCAUCUCUGCUCUCUCAUCAUCCCACCAUUACUCUCUCUGUGCAUUUAUCUGCCUCACACACACACACACGCGCACAC